CGCACUAUUGAUUGCUUGACGUUCGUAACAACUGAAAUUCUAUAUAGAAUUUUUAAAUAUUUUAAAGUAAUAUUAUUGACAUUUAGUUAAUAAUUUUAUCCAAUUUAAGUUAUGGCUGUUGUAGGAAUUAAUGGAUUCGGAAGAAUAGGUAGAAUGUGCUUACGUACUUGCAUAGAAAAGGAUAUAACGGUUAACUUGAUUAACGAUCCAUAUAUUUCAACUGAUUACAUGAUAUAUUUGUUUAAAUACGAUUCAACUCAUGGAGCUUAUCCUUUAAAAUUGGAAUGCGAAGAUGGACAUAUUAUUAUUGCAGAUAAGAAAAUCGCUACGUCCCAAGAAAAGCAUCCAUGCAAAAUAAAUUGGAAAGGUGCGGGUGUAACGUAUGUAAUCGAUGCUACAGGAGUAUUCAAUACUAUAGAAAAAGCAAGCUUACAUAUGGAUGGUGGAGCGAAAAGGGUAGUAAUUACCGCACCCUCGAUCGAUGCACCGAUGAUGGUUUAUGGUGUAAAUCAUACUUGUUACGAGUCGUCGAGAAGUAAAGUAGUAUCAGCCGCCUCCUGUACGACAAAUUGUGCAGCCCCCAUUAUCAAAGUAAUGCACGAUAAAUUUGAAGUUAUUGAAGUAAUGAUCAGCAGCGUGCAUGCUUUGACAUCAAUGCAAAGAACUUUAGAUGGUCCCAUAGAAAAAGGAAAGCUAUGGAGAAAUGGUAGGGGUGCAGUUCAAAAUAUUAUUCCAACAUCUUCAGGUGCGGCUAAAUCGUUAGACAAAAUUAUUCCUGACCUUAAAGGAAAAAUUUCGGCGAUUGCUUUCAGGGUACCAAUCUCGAAUGUUUCUUUAUGUGAUAUGACCUUUAGAGUUAACACACCAGUGACAUAUGAAGAAGUAAAGGAAGCAAUGAAAUCAGCAUCGGAAAACGAAUUAAAGGAUAUAUUAGGAUAUACAGAAGAGGAUUGCGUAUCAUCUGAUUUUAAUAACACGUGUUAUUCAUGCGUUUUUGACGCUAAAGCUGGGAUUCCCCAAACAAGCACGUUCAUUAAAAUUAUUGCGUGGUAUGACAAUGAAUAUGGUUAUGCGCAUCGUGUGACGGAUUUGAUAAAAUAUAUGCAUCGAGUCGAUUCUGGUGAUGUACCAGUAGCUUCAGAGAAUGUAGAAAAAACCGAAGAUGAAUAAUUUGUUAAUUAAUCAGCAUUUAAAUUGAGCGGCCGUUGGAUACGCCAAUACAAUUUUGUAUUCACGUGAUCCGAGUGUGGCCGAUGAUGUACGAAACCAAAAAACGGUUACGGCGCAUACGCCUAAACCGAUGACUGUUAUAUUAACGUUUUCU